AUGUUUCAAGGAUGGCUCUCCCUAUCAUUGUAAAAUGGGGUGGACAGGAAUAUUCAGUGACCACACUUUCAGAAGAUGAUACUGUGCUAGAUCUCAAGCAAUUUCUUAAGACCCUUACAGGAGUGCUACCAGAACGCCAAAAGUUACUUGGACUCAAAGUUAAAGGCAAACCUGCAGAAAAUGAUGUUAAGCUUGGAGCUCUCAAACUGAAACCAAAUACUAAAAUCAUGAUGAUGGGAACUCGUGAGGAGAGCUUGGAAGAUGUCUUAGGUCCACCUCCAGACAAUGAUGAUGUUGUCAACGACUUUGAUAUUGAAGAUGAAGUAGUUGAAGUAGAAAAUAGGGAAGAAAACCUAUUGAAAAUUUCCCGCAGAGUGAAGGAGUACAAAGUGGAGAUUUUGAAUCCUCCCAGGGAAGGGAAAAAGCUUUUGGUACUAGAUGUUGAUUAUACGUUAUUUGACCAUAGGUCUUGUGCAGAGACUGGAGUAGAAUUAAUGCGGCCAUAUCUUCACGAAUUCCUCACAUCUGCAUAUGAGGAUUAUGACAUUGUUAUUUGGUCUGCAACAAAUAUGAAGUGGAUUGAAGCUAAAAUGAAAGAGCUGGGAGUGAGCACAAAUGCAAAUUAUAAGAUUACCUUCAUGUUGGACAGUGCUGCUAUGAUAACAGUACAUACUCCAAGGAGAGGAUUAAUAGAUGUAAAGCCUCUUGGUGUCAUAUGGGGAAAGUUUUCGGAGUUUUACAGCAAAAAAAACACCAUUAUGUUUGAUGACAUUGGAAGAAAUUUUCUAAUGAACCCACAGAAUGGAUUAAAGAUAAGGCCUUUUAUGAAAGCGCACCUAAAUCGAGAUAAAGACAAGGAACUUUUAAAAUUAACUCAGUACCUCAAGGAAAUAGCAAAAUUAGAUGACUUUUUGGACCUAAAUCACAAAUAUUGGGAAAGGUAUCUGUCAAAGAAGCAAGGACAGUAGUUACCAGUUACAUGAGCAGUUACCGAGGAUACUUGAGAUCACGAACUUCUUGCUUUUCUGCUAGAAAUCAUUAUGAUAGUGCUGGACACUGCAGCGAAUAUCAGACUGCUUAUACUUGGUCUUCCAGUUUUUUUGUAAAUUUAAUUUUAUAUUUUUUGAAGAUCAUAGCAAUACGCUUAAAAAAUCCUUUUCCCCCUAUAUGAAUAUACUGUUACUCUUGAAAAAUAUUUUCUCCAGCAUUGAGUACUGAGUUUUUUUCCCCACACACACAAAAAAGUGAACAAAAAUAUAUACUCAACAGUGUCAUUUUGUGGCUUUGGAAACAAGUUAUGUUUUGCGUUUUGUCUCAUUGUGCUGUUGUCUAAC